CUUAUUUGCCGGUAUAAGAAAAUCAAAUUAAUUUUCCCGCACUCCUUCAUCAUUCUACGGACUAUCCAACACACUCUCGCUGUAGAGCCUUCUAGCAGAGAGGAAAAUGCUGCACGAAAUUCUGCUAGCAUUGCUAGGUUACACCGGCGACCUAAUCGUCGACGAGCGAGAAUGCCAAAAUUCCCUCGGAAUUCUCUCUCCUGAUUCGCCAGUUGCCAAUUUCCCUACCUUCAAGCUCGCCCCUGACCUCUCCUUCAUCGCUCCCAGCGACAGGGAUGUGAUUGAGAGGAUUAUUUCGUUAGGGUUUUACUACAGAGAGUUGGAUCGAUUCGCCACGAAAUCGAGGAAUCUGAGCUGGAUUAGAUCAGCGAGUGCGAACGUGUCUCCAUUGGAAAGAAGCGAAGAGAUUUCUAAGCGGAAGAGUGAGAAUCAGAGUGUGUAUAGGAGGGCAAUUGCUAAUGCCAUUGUUGAGAUUCUUUCGGUUUAUCGGUCGGCGGUUUUGCAAAUUGAGCAGAAGUUGUUAGCUGAUCCUCUUCCCAUUUUGGCCACUGUUACUCAGGGCCUCAACAAGUUUUUUGUUCUUUUGCCUCCUCUAUAUGAGCUUAUUUUAGAGAUAGAGCGAGAUGAUGUUCGUGGAGGAAAGCUUCUCAAUCUAUUGCAUAAAAGAUGUCACUGUGGGGUGCCUGAACUUCAAACCUGCCUUCAGAGGCUGCUUUGGCAUGGGCACCAGGUGAUGUUCAACCAACUCGCAUCUUGGACGGUUUAUGGUAUUCUUCAAGAUCCUUAUGGAGAAUUCUUCAUCAAAUGCGAAGAAGGCAGGGAGCUGGGGAAGGAUUCCUCAAAUCCUGAUAUGAUUCGGAAAUUGACACGCUUAUCAAUAGAAGAUUCCUCUCUAGCUGAUUGGCACUUGGGGUUUCAUAUAUCUUUGGAUAUGCUUCCUGAAUAUAUCCACAUGCGUGUUGCAGAGUCUAUCCUGUUUGCUGGUAAAGCUGUUAGGGUGCUUCGGAACCCCAGCCCUGGUUUUGCACAAGAUUCUUUGAACCAGCAAAUUCCGAGGGAGUCCUACAUAAUUCAAGGAUUUGCUGAUCGCUUUUCCUUCCAAAAAGAUUCUUCAGCAGAUUCAGAACUUACAGGAGAAGAAUUACUACCACAGUCUGAGGCAGAUAAGAUAGAAGCAAUGCUCCAGGAUUUAAAGGAAUCAACGGAAUUUCACAAAAGGUCGUUUGAGUAUGCUGUUGAUUCCAUUCGAGCUAUUGCGGCCAGUCAUCUUUGGCAGCUUGUAGUCGUUCGUGCUGAUCUGAAUGGCCAUUUAAAGGCCCUUAAAGACUAUUUUCUGUUGGCCAAAGGAGAUUUCUUCCAGUGCUUUCUGGAGGAGAGUCGUCAUUUAAUGCGUUUACCACCUCGCCAAUCAACUGCUGAAGCUGAUCUUAUGGUGCCAUUCCAGUUGGCUUCCGUGAAGACAAUCAGUGAUGAAGAUAAAUAUUUCUCUAGAGUAUCAUUACGGAUGCCUUCAAUUGGAGUUUCUGUGAAACAAACCCAAGUUAAUGUACCUAAAUCAAAAGCUUACAGUGGUGGAAGUUCUGGUGCUGCCUCAUCAAACAUUACAGCAGACGUGGAUGGCUGGGAUGGUAUAACUCUUGAAUAUUCUAUCGAUUGGCCCUUGCAAUUGUUUUUCACACAAGAAGUGCUGUCUAAGUACUGUCGUGUAUUUCAGUAUCUGCUACGCCUUAAACGAACACAAAUGGAGUUGGAAAAGUCUUGGGCUUCGGUGAUGCAUCAGGACCAUAGUGAUUUUGCCAAGCAUCGCAACGAACGUAUAAAGUGCUCAAAUUCCCAGCAGCGACGACAACGGUUUAGACCAAUGUGGCGGGUUAGAGAACACAUGGCCUUUCUGAUUAGGAAUCUUCAGUUUUAUAUCCAGGUAGAUGUCAUUGAAUCACAAUGGAAUAUUCUACAAACUCAUAUCCAAGAUUCACGUGAUUUUACCGAGCUUGUGAAUUUUCAUCAAGAGUAUAUGUCAGCCUUGAUUUCUCAGUCAUUCUUGGACAUUGGUUCUGUGUCAAGGAUAUUGGACAGUAUAAUGAAACUUUGUUUGCAGUAUUGCUGGUGCAUUGAAAACCAAGAAAGCCCUAAUGCAGCUGAGUUGGAUCACAUAACUGAGGAAUUUAACAAAAAGUCAAACUCCUUGUACACUAUAUUGCGUAGUAGCCGACUUGCUGGGAGUCAGAGAGCCCCUUUUCUGAGGCGUUUCCUUUUGCGUCUAAACUUCAAUUCAUUCUUUGAGGCAACUGCAAGAGGCGUUCUGAAUGUCGUUAGGCCACGUCCUUCUCUUCCAGUAUUGCAGCAAUAAGCUUAUAAUUAGUGUUUCUGUUGUCAGCAAAUCUGAGGCACUGCAGUGCUUCAUUGGAUCUACUUCUAUUUAUGUGCUCUUCCUGUGAUAUAGCAACUUGAAAACGGUAUCUCUGUUGGCAAAUAAGAUUUGGCGCAAUGUUUCAGUGGCUCUGCUGUUUCUGUUUAUAUUUUCUUUGUUACAGGUGGCUAAAUUUGAUUGAUUGUGUAGAUCUGUAUCUCUGGCCAGUAAGUGUAACAUUAGCACAUUUUAGAUUUUAAAGCUUCUGAUGUUACUCAAAGAAUGUACAUAAAAAAAUUGAUGUUGGAAGUACGAAAUAGCUGGAUUUAAAGUUUUGGUAUA